CGGAAGCGGGCGGCGGUUGGUGUCGGUGCGCGGCGAGCGGGGCCGGGCGCAGGAUGCGAGGCGCCGCCGCCGCCCUGCCCCCUGCUCGCUCGCAGCCAGCGCCCGAGGAGGAGGAGCAGCAGCGGGAGGAGCGGCCGCAUUCGUAGGAGCCGCCGCUGCGGUAGAGCAUGAGCGGGGCCGCGGAGAAGCAGUGCCCCGGCGCGGGGACUCCCGCCGCGGCGGAGAAAGCGGCGGCGGCGGCCGGGGCGGACGCGGGGCCGGAGCCGCCGCCGCCUUCGAUGCUGAGCGUGGACGUGACCGGCUUGGUGUCGCAGUUCGCCAGGAGCUUCGUGCUGAUCUUCCCCGUGUACGUGCUGGGCUACCUGGGGCUGAGCUUCAGCUGGGUGCUCAUCGCCCUGUGCGGGCUCUUCUGGAUCCGGCGGCACCGCGGCGGCAAGACCUCCCGCCUGGGCCGGGCGCUCGCCUUCCUGGAGGACGAGGAGGAGGCGGUGCGGCUCAGCGUCUCCUCCGCCGAUCUGCCUGCGUGGGUCCAUUUUCCAGAUACAGAAAGAGCAGAAUGGCUCAACAAGACAGUAAAACAAAUGUGGCCUUUUAUUUGCCAAUUUAUUGAGAAACUCUUUCGGGAGACCAUAGAACCAGCAGUAAGAGGAGCAAACAACCACCUCAGUACUUUCAGUUUUACGAAGAUUGAUAUUGGUCAUCAGCCUCUGAGGAUAAAUGGUGUAAAAGUGUACACUGAAAAUGUGGACAAAAGGCAGAUCAUUUUGGAUCUUCAGAUCAGUUUUGUUGGAAAUUGUGAGAUUGAUCUGGAGAUCAAGAGAUACUUCUGUAGAGCUGGUGUAAAAAGUAUACAGAUCCAUGGUACUAUGAGAGUUAUCCUGGAACCACUAAUUGGAGACAUGCCCCUAAUUGGAGCACUAUCACUUUUUUUCCUUAGGAAGCCUCUUUUAGAAAUAAACUGGACUGGACUGACCAAUCUUCUCGAUGUUCCAGGGCUGAAUGGCUUAUCAGAUACGAUAAUAUUGGAUAUAAUAUCCAACUACCUGGUCCUUCCAAACAGAAUUACAGUCCCCCUUGUCAGCGAAGUGCAGAUUGCUCAGCUGCGGUUUCCUAUACCAAAGGGUGUUGUAAGGAUACAUUUUAUUGAAGCUCAGGACUUGGAGGGUAAAGAUACUUACCUAAAAGGCAUUGUCAAAGGCAAGUCAGAUCCUUAUGGAAUCAUUCGUGUGGGCAACCAGAUUUUCCAAAGCAAGGUCAUCAAAGAAAAUCUCAAUCCAAAAUGGAAUGAAGUUUAUGAGGCCUUAGUAUAUGAACAUCCAGGACAGGAGCUAGAGAUUGAGCUCUUUGAUGAAGAUCCAGACAAAGAUGACUUCCUUGGAAGUUUGAUGAUAGAUUUAAUUGAGGUUGAAAAGGAGCGACUUUUAGAUGAGUGGUUUACUUUGGAUGAGGUGUCCAAAGGAAAAUUGCAUUUAAAACUGGAAUGGCUCACAUUGAUGCCAACAGCAGAAAACCUAGACAAGGUAUUAACAAGCAUUAGAGCUGAUAAAGACCAAGCCAAUGAUGGGCUGUCUUCUGCAUUGCUUAUUCUCUACUUGGACUCAGCAAGAAACCUGCCCCAUAAUCCAUUAGAAUUUAAUCCUGAUGGCUUGAAGAAGUCUGCUGUUCAGAAAGCCCUGAAGUCAGGAAAGAAACUAAACAGCAAUCCCAACCCACUUGUUUUGCUGUCAGUUGGACAUAAGGCACAGGAAAGUAAGAUCCGAUACAAGACCAAUGAACCAGUGUGGGAGGAAAACUUCACUUUCUUUGUACACAAUCCCAAAAGACAGGAUCUUGAAGUUGAGGUGAGGGAUGAACAGCACCAAUGUUCUCUAGGGAACUUCAAACUGCCUCUAAGCCAGUUGCUGGAGAGUGAAGAUUUAACGAUACAUCAGCGGUUCCAGUUGAGCAACUCCGGUCCAAACAGCACUAUAAACAUGAAGAUUGCACUCAGGGUCCUUUCUCUUGAAAAGCAAGCCAGAUCUCCAGAUCAUCAACACUCAGCACAAGUAAAAAGGCCGUCUGUUUCCAAAGAUGCAAGAAAAUCAUCUUUUAAGCCUCAGGUUCCUGUCUCGCCACCACUCGAUUCAAGCAAACAUGCUCCAGCUUCCCCAGCGACAGACAGUGAUAAAAAGACUGAUGUGGCUGAAAAGAGUCAGCCUCCUAAUGCGAGUCCACAAUGGCCAACGGAUCUCAGCCGAAGUUCCUCCAGUCUUCAUGCCUCUAAUUUCAAUUAUUCCCCCAGCCACCUCUCAGUCAAAGAACCAACUCCUAGCAUAGCCUCAGACAUAUCUCUGCCCAUUGCCACACAGGAGCUCCGGCAAAGACUACGGCAGCUUGAAAACGGAACAACUCUGGGGCAGUCUCCAUUAGGACAGGUACAGCUAACAAUUCGUCAUAGUUCACAAAGAAACAAAUUGAUUGUGGUGGUGCAUUCCUGCAGAAAUCUAAUCGCAUUUUCAGAAGAAGGAUCUGAUCCAUACGUUCGAAUGUAUUUAUUGCCUGAUAAGAGAAGAUCAGGAAGAAGAAAAACACAUGUAUCAAAGAAGACGUUAAACCCGGUGUUUGAUCAAAUAUUUGAUUUCAGUGUUUCCCUGCCUGAAGUACAGAGAAGAACACUAGAUGUAGCAGUGAAGAACAGUGGUGGUUUCUUGUCCAAAGACAAAGGGCUUCUUGGCAAAGUACUGAUACCUCUGGCAUCUGAAGAACUUGCUAAAGGCUGGACCCAGUGGUAUGAUUUAACAGAAGAUGGUACAAGACCACAUGGUGCAAGCUAGGCCCAUGGAUGCUGGCAGUUCCCCACACCUACUUAUGCCAACCUUUAUAUAUUUUUAAAGCAUUGUUCUCACAGAUGUACCAAUAUUAUUUUUAUAGCUUUACCAAUUUAGUUGUUAGACACAUCCCCAAUAAUUUUAUAACGCUCAGCCAUUUUAUGUAGACAUAUCCUUUCUCAUUGUUAAACUUUGUAUUUUAAUUUGCUCAGCAAUUUUACGUGUUACUGUCAUGUGCAAUAAUACAGUAAUGUAACCUUUUGUUUUUGAUCUUUAUGGCAGUUAUACCAAUUAGAAAGUGAAAAGAUGUUCUGCUGUUUUCCUGCCUUGUUUUAUAUCUCACCAAGAUAUACUGUACUAUGUAAAUAUAUACUAUUUUUUUAUAAUUCUUUCAUGCUGGUUUGAAUUCAGAAGAAAAUUGGAUAAAGGAUAUAGAUAUUUUCUUGUAAAUGCAUGUUAAUUUCUUCAAAUGAAUCUCUUCUGUCUUUGCAGCACAAUGGUCUUAAUGUUUAUCAUUUUGUGAUGGUCUUCAAAAACAAAGUGCAGAAAAACAUUUUUACUUUAUCAUGCUUCUGGCCCAGCGUGGCAAAUUUAAAAUGUACAAAACAUUAACAUUUUAAUAUUUAUAUAUAAAUGUAUUAUUCAAAAAUCAUGCUAUAGAAAAUUAUAAACAAAAAGGAAAAUUCUAUAAAUAUUGUAUAAAAAGAGGUCCAUGAAUCAGUUUAUAAAUUUGAGCUUUCAUGUAAUGGAGUAAACAUUACAAACAGUGGAGUUUUAUUAUACAGGUUCAUUGGGUUUUGUUAUUUAUUCCUGCACUCUACAGUACUAGACACACUGCAGAUGUGAGAACAGGGCUUUGUCUGUAUUACAAACAGAAUCUCUAGCUAUUCAGAACUGUCCUUGCUGCCUUGUUUCUCUGAUAAGGUAUACAAAUCAGCUUGCAUUGUAAGUCAUAUAGUGGGCAUAUGUACAAAACAUGUUAUUUUUAUUAUCCACUGCUGUGCUAAAUAGUUAUUAUGCUGUACCUUCUCUAAUACUACAGUGGAACACCAGUAUGUAAGAAAGUGUGAAACUGAGUUGAAACUGUCUUUACAGUUGCCUCACUGCUAAUUAGUGUGUUUGGUGCAUGGAGUGGUCCACACAGCUUUCUGGAGAAAUCAUGGCAUUGUGCUGAAGCAUUGCCACAAUCUGCUGCAAGAUCAGCAGUGACACAGUUAGCACAACCUGAUGAAAGUAGACAGUUGGGAGUUGAAGGAAGAGUAUCAGCCUUAAGAGCUGAGCUCACAACUAUAGUUUUAUGAAUUAAGGGGAAUUUUUUUGUAACCAGAACUAGUUUUCUUGACUGUUAUAUUAAAAAAAAAAAAAAGUGCAUUAUGAAUCCAAGAGAACAGUUCAGCUCUUUCAGAGCCAGCAGCCUCCUUCUUGAAUGAGUAUGCAAUUAGACAGACAAAGUAUGUUAUUUAGUUUAAGAUUCUAGAAUGAUCUCUCAGCCAAGAAAGAGUUUUAAAGCAGAAUAAUAAACUCCUGAAAUUAGCUUUAUUGUAAAAGUACUGACGGAACCUUAAUUCUAGAUGUAGAAUAUGCCUACAAGACUAGAUGUACCAAAGUGCCUACCAUAGAUGUAGCUUUUUGUCAUUUUCCAGUUUAAGAAUUUGACUCAUUUCAGUUUGUCUGCAUUUGGUUUGAUGUGAACAUUUGUCAAAUGACAUACAUACAUCUCUAUACAGUGAUGGCCUUCAUAUUGUCACAGUUUGAACAAGACAAUUUUAGUAAACAAGCCUGAUUGUAAGAAAACAUUUCUUUUUGAAGGCUUCACUCUAUAUUACAGUGUAUGAGAGUCUCUGUAUAUGUAUACACUCAUUUGUUCACAUUAGAUUCUCUUUGCUAGUUUUCCAUUAAAAUGUUAGAAAUGGAAAGACAGAGAAUGAUUGUUAAUGCAGCUGAGAUGCAGAGAGCGAAAGCUGCUGUACCUAAGAGAUGCACGUGCAGUCGUUCAGCACGGCUGUCUUUGCCUUGGUUCAGCCAGAGGUGGACGGACUUCAGUUCUGCAUCUUGGCCAACGACUCACCAGUUUCAUCCUGAGCCUACAGAUAACUCUUUAGACUGAUUUGGUGUUUCAAGGUGUAAGUGAGGUAUGAGGACAGAUGUUAGAUGUUUCUGUACUUAAACAAAAAAGGGUGUGUAUUUUGUCUUCUGAAGUCUCUAGAGGAAAAGAUGCAGUGUUGGGGUAAAUGCAAGGUGAUAUCAUGAAUAAGUGAAUAAAUUAUAUAGGAUAGGUUUUUAAAAUAGCUCAGGACCUCACAUGAGGAAUAGGAUCUCAAGAGAAGUGCAGUUCCAAAUUAAGAAUCUAAAAUAGAUUAUUAUUUUUUUUUUAAUUCAGCAACAGUAUUUUCAACUGACAGUAAUCAUUUGUGGAUGAUUUUUAUUUAGAAGUGUUCUCCCUUGUGAAUUUGGAUCAGAAUAUAACUGGCUGUUCUUGAUAGUGGAAUCAAAUCUCUGUAUCACAGUUACAAAGUUCUAAGUGUUCUGUUUGUAUGGAAAAAGAAAGAACAAACACUCUUCCUCUGGACGGAUAUUGCACCUCAUUAUCAAGUCAAUGUGUUUAGUAUCAACUGAUUUCUGUUCAUGUAGUUCUUGUUUAUUCUGUGCCUUAAAAUAUGAACAUAUGAAGAAGUUUAAGAAGUGGCUAAAACUGAGCUUUGUUACCUGUAUGUAUCGACAUGUUCUCUACUGCUGAAACUGUUUUUAGAAUAACUGCUUCACUGAUGAGAAAACCAGCUCUCUUUUACCACGGUGGUAUAACCCAAACUCAAAAUAGCAUGCAUAUCACGUGAGUUUGGAAUAAAAGAAUUUUAAUUUUGUCUUGAAUCCUUUAUCAGAGCUGCAGCUAAUGGUGAGAGUUGAAUGAGAACAAAGGGUAAUCAAUUUUGUACAGAUUGCCUUUUUUGCUCAUGUAAUUCUACAUUAUGAUGCAUGUAUUUAUUCAAUAAAUGGUUCAUAUGGAAGUCAGUGUGUUGCUUCCCUCUACACACACACACACACACACAUUUAUUUUCAUAUUCCUGUCAUAUUUGCAAUAUUAUAAGAAUUUCUUAUGCUCUUAAAUAUAGUCAUAUAUACUAACCACUGUAUUCUUGGUAGCCUUGCUCUAGGGGCAGGUUGAUGAAUUUAACAUAAGAGAAAAUGAAAUGAGAAGUGCAGAAUCAUAGAAUCAUAGAAAGGUUUGGGUUGGAAUGGACCAGCCCAGUAUGAUGGGCAGGGUUGCUGCUCACCCAGUCUGCCUGCCAAGGGCUUUGAACACGGCCAGGGAUGGGGCAUCCACAGCUUGUCUGGGCAGUCUGUUCCAGUGCCUCACAGCAGGCUGAGGAAAGAAUUUUAACUGGUAACAUCUAACCUAAAUCUCCACUGUUUUAGCUUAAAGCCACCACCCUCCUCCAUCCUAUCACUCUCAGAUGUAUAAAAAGCCUUUCUUCCUCCUUUUCAUAAGCUUCCCUCAAGUACUGGAAGGUCUUCCCAGAGCUUUCUCUUCUUCAAGUUAAACAAGCCCUGCUCCCUCAAUCUCUCCUUGUAUGAGAGGAGUUCCAGCCCUCUUACAUCUUCAUAGCCCUCUCCAACAGCUCCACAUCUUUCUUAGGCUGGAGACAAUCCUCUCCCUCUCCCUGCUGCCACCCCUGUGGUAAUGCAGCCCAGAUACUGUUGUCUUCAGGACUGCAAGCGCAUGCUGCUGACUCACACCCAGCCUUUCAUCCAUCAGGACCUCCCAGUUCCUUCUUCUCAGGGCCACUCUCAAUGAGUUCUUCUCCCAUUCUGUACAUGUACUUGGGAUGGUCCUGGCUCAAGAGCAGCAGGUUCACACGUAAGAAUUGGUAGGCUCAGUUUAAGUGCUACUUUUUUUUUCCCUCUUAAAAUGAUUGAUUAAUUACAUUCUCAGAAUUCUACUACUUCCUAAUAAUUGUCAUGAAAUAUGCUUUCAAAAGGAUCAGGAAUUGCAUGUAAUUGCCUUGGAUUUGGAGCCAUCAAAUUUCUACAUGGCAUUCUUUCAUUCCACCUGCUUGGAAAUGCACAUAUUAGAAGAAAACACAGCUAUGUACUUGAUAAAGUAGAGAAGUGCCAUCGGAUCAUCUAUCUGUUGCAGAAAAAUGGCUGUAGAAAUGACGCUGUUUGUAUUAAGUAAUUGUAAUAAAAGCCUCUUUCCUUAAACAGCUGAAAAG